AUGGCCAUGGCCCGGUCCAGGAGGGACUCCGUGUGGAAGUACUGUUGGGGACUUUUGAUGGUUUUGUGCAGAACUGCGAUCUCCAGAUCGAUAGUUUUAGAGCCUAUCUACUGGAAUUCCUCGAACUCCAAAUUUCUACCCGGACAAGGCCUGGUACUAUACCCACAGAUAGGAGACAAAUUGGAUAUUAUUUGCCCCAAAGUGGACUCUAAAACUGUUGGCCAGUAUGAAUAUUAUAAAGUUUAUAUGGUUGAUAAAGACCAAGCAGACAGAUGCACUAUUAAGAAGGAAAAUACCCCACUGCUCAACUGUGCCAGACCAGACCAAGAUGUGAAAUUCACCAUCAAAUUUCAAGAAUUCAGCCCUAACCUCUGGGGUCUAGAAUUUCAGAAGAACAAAGAUUACUACAUUAUAUCUACAUCAAAUGGGUCUUUGGAGGGCCUGGAUAACCAGGAGGGAGGGGUGUGCCAGACAAGAGCCAUGAAGAUCCUCAUGAAAGUUGGACAAGAUGCAAGUUCUGCUGGAUCAACCAGGAAUCAUGAUCCAACAAGACGCCCAGAGCUAGAAGCUGGUACAAAUGGGAGAAGUUCAACAACAAGUCCCUUUGUGAAGCCAAAUCCAGGUUCUAGCACCGAUGGCAACAGUGCGGGGCAUUCCGGGAACAAUCUCCUGGGUUCCGAAGUGGCCUUAUUCGCAGGGAUUGCAUCAGGAUGCAUCAUCUUCAUCGUCAUCAUCAUCACUUUGGUGGUGCUGCUGCUCAAGUACCGCAGGAGACACCGCAAACACUCUCCACAGCACACGACCACGCUGUCUCUCAGCACACUGGCCACGCCCAAGCGAGGUGGUAACAACAAUGGCUCGGAGCCCAGUGACGUUAUCAUACCGCUAAGGACUGCAGACAGCGUCUUCUGCCCGCACUAUGAGAAGGUCAGCGGGGACUAUGGGCAUCCGGUGUACAUCGUGCAGGAGAUGCCCCCACAGAGUCCUGCCAACAUUUACUACAAGGUCUGAGGCCUGAGACCUGCGCCUCCCAAGGGAACUUGCACCUUGUUCUUGGGCACGCAGGGACUGCCUGAGCCUGGCUGCGGGGACAGGAUGCCUCCUGGAAGAGCCUGGAUCUGGACAGUUUUGUAGUCUGUAGCUUUUCGACCCUGGGGACCACAGACCCUCCCCGGAAGCUGGAAGACUGCUAGGAGAUUCCCACUUGGACUGCCACGUCCCCACGCGGACCUCCAAGCCAUGCACCCAGCCGCUACUCAGGCCUCUGCAGAGCCCGGGGAGGACACGGUAGGCUAUGGAUGGCACAGCAGCAUCUUAGAAGGUUGCGCACCAGGUCGGCCCCGGCCUCCACGUUUCCUGCCGUGCACACUGGACUUAUCACUCGGACCUCGGGUUCAGUAAGGUUUUCAAAGAUCUCUAGUGUUUAGUCCUCACUCACUCACUCACUCCUUCUCUUGCCAGGGCUCUGCAGCACCUCCCCAGACCCCUCACUCCACGUUUUGCAUCAUUACGGGACGCUCACCACAUAGUCCCAACUCCACCCUUUUACACCAAGAUCAGAUUAGAUGGGUAUUAGGUACAGAACCCUGCUUGCCUGGAGGCUGGGUCAGCCGGGAAGCAUGGAGGUGUGGAGGAGUGAGAAGGUGCUGGCUGCCACCGCAGGUCAAGGCUGCUGCCCCUGGAUCAUAGUAGGGACACAAGAAGGAAACAAUAGAUAGUGCUUUAGUUUUUCUGAGAGGACAGAGACAGGUGGGAGAUGACUGACUGGUGAGUGGUGGGGAGCCAAGUCGCUCACUACCACACAGCUAUGCAGCAGGGAAUCAAAGCCCUCUCCUACAGGGGAACAAAGGGGCCAUUGUGGUGGAAGGACCAGCUAGCACGGAGGGAGAGGGCAAGCUUCUGGUAAAGUGCCGGAGCAGGACUGUUGAGGUACUGGCAAUAAAAAGAGCAGCCGUGGAGCUGUGGGAGAGUCGUCUGCUUUGGGAGAUGUUUUAAGCAGACUCAGCUGCUAUAUUACCACAUUUUAUUAAAAACACAGGGAAAGCAUUUAGGAGAAGAGCAGAGAGCCAAAUCUGACCUAGAAGUUGAAAAGCCAAAGGUCAAACAGGCUGUAAGUCCAUCACCACUGAGGUUAUUAGAGAAUUCUCAUUAGGAAAAGGUAGGUCAGAUCCCCAGUCCCCAUAAGUGCCCCCUUCCCCCUCCCCGACUGAGCCUUACACGUUGGUUUUUGGUUGAUGGCCGUGCUGUCUGGGCUCCAAGGCUAUACCCAGGCUCUAUGUCAAAGCAAAGCACACAUGGCCCACCUCUUAGAGUCCUUAAGAUGGAAGUAAGUUAUGAUGUGGAAGGGAAGGAGGAAGAUAGGACAUAUUUAUAAUAGGUGUAUAGAACACAAGGGAUAUAAAAUGAAAGAUUUUUUUACUAAUAUAUAUUUUAAGAUUACACACAAUACACACCAGGAGAUUUGGAGUUCAUUGGUAGUGGUGAUCCAAGCGAUCCCAGUGCUUUAGUUCUUUAAAAAGUAAAAGAUUGGAUAGCUAUUCCCCAAAAGUACCAAUAACAAGGAAAAUAUCAAUAAUGAGAGCAAACAGCAAACAUAACAAGGUCCUGUGGAAAUCUCGAGGAACCGUAGACUAGGAGUGCCAGCCCCCCAAACCCCAGGAAACUGAUGUGACCGGCGCCCCAGGUUAGACAGUGAGAUGUGCUGGCCUUUAUUUUCUGUGUUGGGUUUUCCCUUGCCUUAUGGGCUGAAGUGUUCUCUAGAAUUUAGCAGGUCACACUGAGGGGGUUACAGUUGACUGUUUAGCUGUGGGUCCCUCCUCUCCUAUCCCUAUCCCUGCCCUUCCAGAGAAUAACAGGAAGCAGGAAGCUUUCCUUUUUUUUUUUUUAA